UUCUCUCUGGGGAAAGUUCUCCAUGAGAGGAGGGACCUGACCUACACAGUGGACCACGUCAUGAACUGGUCUCUGCAAAUGGUCAUGGCCCUCGAGUUUGUCCACAAGAAAGAAGUCCUCCAUCGAGACAUCAAACCCUCCAACAUUCUUCUGUUUGAAGAUGGCCGAGUGCUGAAGUUGUGCGACUUUGGCACUGCUCGCAAGUUGGAACACACACUCACCAACGCAGUGGGAACUGUUCUCUACAUGGCCCCUGAAGUCAUAAAGAACGCAAAACCGUUCAUCGUUGGCCUCAGAAAUAAGGGAGUACCAGUACACUCCAUCAUGUUCAAGAUAGCUGAAGGUGGGCGACCUCCAAUGAUCCAGAAUCUUCCGCAGUGUCUGGCCGAUCUCCUGCACAAAUGUUGGAGCGAUGACUGCACCAAGAGACCGUCGAUGGGUGAGAUUCGAGAAAAACUGUCACGACUUGCCAAGAGGGUUGGCCUCCAUCUCAACAUGCCUCUCGUGAAGAGAAGGAAAGAGAUCAGGAAGCUGGUCUCCGUCCCUGCUCCCUCUCACGAGAGGAAGACACCAGUGAGAUCGCAGCAGUCCACCAUUCAGGAGGACGACAGCCCCUACCAACAGUAGCUCUUCCUCCCCUCUUCCUAUAUAACCUCUCUGUGGACUCUCCUUCUCUUUAUACUCUCUUUCUCCCUCUCACCCUCCCUCCCAUUUUUCUUUCCUGUUUCUCUCUUCUCUCCUGUUUUGCUCUUCGUCUUUCUGUUCCCUUCCUACUGUGUGACUAUAUAUGGCAAAGCACCAUUCACUGCUAUUAUACUCUAUGUACCUCAGCAUUGACCUCACACAUUAGUCCAGCACGUCCCUCCCUUCCUAUAUACAACUAUUUUCAUCCACUAACAUCAUUGAGUAAGACCCCAUUCGUUAAUUUCUGUAUCAAGACCCCAUUCGUUAAUUUUUGUAUUACUCUGACAUUGACUAGAAUUUUAUUCCCAUUAGCACUUUUAUUUCUGCUAAAUUUGGUUCUGCAAUCUCACGCGCUCUCUCACUCCCAUCUCUCAAUAUGUCCAUCACGUAGCCUCUGUCUGUCUGAAGGCGAUUAAUUUCCUCACGAAUAGGGGCCAACUCGCUGAUCAGUAGCUCCGCAAGUUCGUCUUUCAAAUGCACAGUCUGUUUUCCUUCAAACAUUCGGCAGAUUUUGUCCGGUGUCGAGUCACUAACGGCCGCAAAAAUAGACACGAGAUUUGAAACUCCCGGCCUUUCGUGGGGGUCAAAGGUCACACUUCCGGUGCAAUCCGUGACGGCUUUCCUAAUCUUGUUUCUGAUGUCGUCGGACGAGUCAGUCAGGUUUAUACGAGUCAUGUCCUGGUUGUCUGAUUUACUCAUCUUUUGUAGAGGGUUUCUUAGACUCAUGACUCGCUGGACUUCGCCCAGUAAUGGCUGAGGCUCAGUGAAGACCUGAGUGUUGUAGGCAGAGUUGAAGGAUCUGGCGAUGUCUCUGGCUAGCUCCAGGUGUUGUAGUUGAUCCUCUCCUACUGGCACAUGACUGGCUCUGUAGAUCAGAAUGUCAGCCGCCUGCAGGACUGGAUAGGCAAACAGUCCCAAUCCUACCACAUUAGUGUUGUCUGACAUUGCCUUAGCCUGAGAAUAGAGAGAUUGAGAGAUACAGUACAUAGGUUUGAUGGAGGGAGGGAAGAUAAACAUAGACAGUGAAUAAGUGAAUGGG